CGCAAUGAGCGUCCUACUGCCCAACAUGGCGGAGUUCGACACUAUCUAUGAGCUGGAUGAGGAAGAGGAGCGUUCAGACAGCGAGGAACAUCUGGUCAGAUACUGUCCCGAGCCGGUGGUCAUUCGAGGGGCCGGACACAUCACCGUGUUCGGCCUGAGCAACAAAUUCGACAGUGAAUUUCCUUCGGUUCUCACAGGAAAGGUGGCUCCGGAGGAGUUCAAGACAAGCAUGGGUCGUGUCAACGGCUGCUUGAAGAAGAGCCUUCCGGUCAACGUCAAGUGGCUCCUGUGCGGCUGCCUCUGCUGCUGCUGCACAGCAGCCUGUAGCCUGUGGCCCGUCAUCUGCCUCAACAGAAGGACGAGAAGAUCCAUUCAGAAACUUCUAGAAUGGGAAAAUAACCGUCUGUACCACAAGCUGGGGCUGUACUGGAAGCUCAGCAAAAGGAAAUGUGAAAGCAGCAACAUGGUGGAAUAUGUAAUUCUUAUAGAAUUCUUACCGAAAUAUCCCAUAUUUCGUCCCGACUGAGGAAGGAUGGGUAUCUGUGUAUGACCCCCCCUCCCUUAGUGCCUUGUAGAUGUGCUGGACUUGCGGUCUACACCCCCACUGUCGUCCAAACCCAGCCACCACCAGCCCCAGCUCUCCUGUGUAGUAGUAGUAGCCACUUUGCGUUCUGGCACUUUUGCACACACCCUCACAGCGCAGACACACACCUCGCUGUGGCGCUCGGAUAGCUCUUCGUUUUCUUUGUUCUACCAGGCAGUGGACAAGGUUAUUAUCGCAGAUGUGUGCUGAGGUUUGACUAUGCUGGCUGAUGUAUGCGUGCAGCGGUGAGGUUUCUCUCACCAAGCCAUAUUCCUGUCGUGUCAGUGUUGGAUCGCAGCCCGAAGGGUGACACGCAGGCCCAGUUUUGCCUUAUGACGAGCUCCGUUCCCACACAACGCACACCUCUUCGAGACGGCCGUUUGCCGCGCGUGUGUCGAAUGCAUCCACUGAUGGGUUCUGGAUCUCCCUCCUCCCGUCGCCAGCGCAGUCAGCGGCACGCAGGAUGAUAUAAAGCUCAUUGUCAGGCUGUUUCAGACAGAACCACGCAUCUCCGGCACUCGGGAAGUCAAGAAGCUCAGCUGUAAAUACCACUUAGUAGCAAAAUGUAGUGUUAUACCAUUGUUUACACAGUGUAAUAUAGCUCUUAAUCUAGUUCUGCCAAAAUAUUGUUUUUCUUUGUUUUGUUUUUUUAUACAUUUAAAUUUAAGCCAUACGUCUUGUGGGGCUUGGACAGAGUUGACGGGGAGCGGUGCUUGAGCACAUGGCAACAUAAGUAGGUCUGCUGGUUUCGCCUCCAAGACCCCUGAACUGAUGCUCUUCACCACGGCCACCAGCAACGUAUUAUCAGCCGGAAUUUGCCAACAAAGGAAGAAAUGUCUUGGAUGUAAUUUGGGGAUCAAAAUAUUCCUCCUUUCUUUUUCUUCCUAUGCUUCCUUUAUCCCCUCUUGUCAUUUACCACGACAGUGCAGGUUGGCGCUAUUUUCUGCUGUACUUUGUUCCUAUGGUCAUUGGAAGGUUACCGGUUCAGUUGGUUGAGGUGGUGGUCAUUGGCAGUUCCAUUGUGAUGACUUUGUUCUUUGGUCAGUGUUACUCUUGUUUUUCUUCCCUUAAAUGAGCUCUGACUACAUCUGAGUGCCUCCGUCAGGAGCUGGAUGUCGAGCUGGAAAUCGGAUGAUCUGCCAGAGGGUUUGGACAGGGAUUCUCUACCUUUUUUCUUUCCCCGCCCUUCCACUGCUGGGACUACUUUUUGCUGUUACUCAGUUCCCAAGGAAAGCUGAACUAUGAUGUCCACUUUGAAUGCUCUCCCAUACUUGUGGUUAACAAGGAAAGUAUUUUUUUUCCCCCUUUUGCUUUCUCUUCAUACUGACUGGGCACAAAACAUGUCAACCUUCAACUUGGAGGACUUCAGUACACAGCAGACAGUCACUACAUUUGGUUUUGGAUCUGGUUCAUCACCUUCUGCUUCCUUCGUCAACUGUCUGGAAGCUCUGCGUGUCCCGGUAGUUUACGACUGGUAACCGUUUACGAUGUAACCGUGAUCCCCCGACGCACAUAGCAAUGGCAAUUUUCUUGUUAAAUCCAUGAGAAUUCUAAUGAUUGUAGCAAGGGUUUUUUUCAUAUAAAGUUUACGUAAAGGUAAACCAAAUGUUGUCUGCAGGAGCUGUUCAUGAUAAUGUUAGCAUACUGUUACAUGGUAUUUCAAUUUUGUUACUGUAUCUUGAAGCAUGUAGUCUUUCUGUGCUGGAAUACUGGGAAGUGUUUCCUCUUGCCAGUUUAUGCCAUCCUUACACUGUGGUUUGUUCCUGUCUGUUACACUUUGAUUUGUAGCUGUUUUAUUAGAGGAUCCUGGUUAUUUUCGUUGCUGCUUACGGUGAUGUUUUAUUACAGGUAUUUAAUUUUUCAUAAAAGACAAUCCUAUACAAAACAGUGGUCUCUCAGAAUAAUCGUUAGAAAGGUAACUCACAGUAAGAUCCUUUUUUUUAAUUUUUAUUUUUACAUCUUUGAGUUAUAUACUGUUUAGGCUCCUCUGCAGGUUAUUUAGCAGAUUUGUAUUUUUGACCUCUUAUGUUAAGAGCAACAGAAAUUUCUUCCUGUGAAAAAUACAACAGAACACCACUGUGCUGCAGCUUUUGUAGAACACUUAAGUUUUCUCUCCAGUAUUUUAUUUAAUUAAUUACUGGUUAUAUAAUCAUGAAUGAUAGUGAUUAGGCCCCUCUGAGAGAAUAUGAGUUAUUUCCACAUGUGAGUUGGGAAACAGGUAAGGAGUGCAGGCUGCCCUUGGUCUCUUCAAUCCUGAGCUCAGUGGGAAAAUUAAAAUGGCUGUACCUCAGGGUUGGAGCUAUGAAAAUGAAAGACGGAAGUGUUCGAUCUCUUUUUUUACUUGUAAUUUCAAACUGGGGCUGUUUUAAAAGUUUCUUCUAGCUGUAAUUGCAGAAUAGUCUCAGAAAAAUAACAGGUAUGAAGAAUCUCAACAAUAAACAGGAAACUUUCACAGCUAUUAACAUAUUAAGAGUAUUAUGAUGUGAUAGACAAACACUGAUGUGCAACUGAAAUGGUCUACAGUGCAAGUGUCGUUGCUUUUUAAAAUAUCUUGUGAAAAGGAAAAAAAAAAUACAAAAACCACACUUUUAAAGAAAUUGAAUAACAUUAUUUUAUAACAUGUCUGAUUUAUCCACAUGUCUAAGGUUUAAACUAUCAGGAGAAAACACUGUUUACAGUAGUUAGACAUUUCCAAAGGUGAUGAGGAUACCAUGGUAUUUAGGACAUUUCUACAAAAUAUUGUCUAUGGUUAUGAAACCAAUAUCCAAAGGAAAUACAUAAUGUUACCCCACCCAUCAGAAUCAAUGUCACCUGUUUAGUUUUUGUACCCUAAAACAGACAGAGGAAGGACAGUGCAAUAAUGACCAAAACAGCAGAGAGAGUACAGUAAGUUUUAGGUGUUGAAAAAUGCUAAACUUUCUGUUGCGCUUUGUCACUCCAGUCCUGGCAGCAACCUCCAGGGGGCAGUCUCCUAUGCUGGAGGCUUUGUUUAUUUUAUCCUUUUCACUACUUUUUGGUAGUAAUUCGUGUUUUGUAUAUAUACAUUGGUUUACUGUUUGCAUUACAUUUUUUGUGAUGAUAAAUGAGUCAAUGUUCAUAAAGCUGUCAAGUUCUUAGUUACCAACAGCUUUUUAAGUUGUUCAGAGUCAAGUGUAUUUGUUCUGUAUUAAAAAAAACUUGACCCUACAGAAAGUUCUCCACUUAAGGGCCUUUAUCUCAUUGACUGGUAGAGCCAUAAACAUCUGUAAAUCCAGUUACCAAGCAAUAGUCAUAAAGAAUGUGAGUGUAGAUGUGUUCCACCACCUUCCCAAAUCCUCCAUGGUGGUACAAUACAAGACAAUAGAUCUCCAGCUUCUGUCAUGUGCAUAAGACCAUACUCUCUCACACUUUCAUACUUUUUUUUUUCCCUGUUUUGUCUCAUGGUGAAAUAGUGAUGAUCACAUAUCAAAAGUCUGUAGGGAACUUAAGAGACAUACCAUUAUUGCCUGUUGUAUGCCUUUCUCACUGAACAUCUAUUCUACUUUUCACCUUAAAUCCGUAUUAUUUAAUGCUGUAAUUUAUGGGCUUUAUUUCACAGGAUUUUUUUUUGUAAGUUUUUUUGAUCAUUUGUUAAAAUGAAGAUUCUUUUAAAUUAGAUGACAAAACACCCAGGUUCUCAAAAUUCUGCUGCGCAGAGCAGCAGCACCCGUUUAAAAUAGAUUAGCCAAACUAAAGGUCUUUGUCACGGGUUCUUCAUCCUCAUACAGACCGAAGUUGUGUCUCGUACUGGUUCCAUACAGAUAUCUUACGGAAGGAGAUGAGGCAGCCGUACGUCUGCAUAGCACAGCCCUCACGUUCCUGUUACAGUGACUCCAUGAUCGGUUUUCAAGGGAAAAUAGAUGGAAAACCAUCUUGGCCAAUGGAUACAGUAUUGCAUAUAGGAAUUUGAUGCAGAUCUUAGAUAUAUGUCGAAACUUCUUCAGUCUGUGUGAAAUGGUGGUAAAUAUGUUUAGGAACAUGGCAUAGUCCCUGGUAAUGUACAUACAGUCAUAAAUAAAUAGUGAUGUAACAGCGGAGGGGGCCAUUUGAUGCCUAAGAUAAGGUUCCCUGGGUGCUUCACAUGAUUAAUAAAAAAAAAAAAAAAAAAAAAA